CAAUUGAUAUAAAAGGCAGCCUAUAUCAACUCAUUCUCAGAGUCAAGAAUAUUAGAGUUGCUCAUAGGCAAUAGAGGCUCUAAAAUGUCUUGGUUUUUUACACUACUCUUUUUUAUCAGUUCUCUCUCAUUGACUACUCCCUCAGAAGCUAGCCAUGAGAAGCAGCCCCCAUCUGCAGUUGUUGUAGGCACUGUCUACUGUGACACAUGUUUCCAAGCAGAAUUCUCACAUGCCAGCCACUUCAUUUCAGGGGCUUCUGUUGGUGUAGAAUGCAAAGAUGGGAGUUCAAAACCAAGUUUCCAGACAGAAGUGAAAACAGAUAGCCAUGGAGUGUUCAGAGUCCCUUUGCCUUUCUCUGUGAGAAAGCAUGUCAAGAAAAUUGAAGGGUGUUCUGUGAAAUUAAUCAGCAGCAGUGAACCAUAUUGUGCUGUGUCCUCAACAGCCACUUCAUCUUCACUGCAUCUCAAGUCAAGUGAGCAAGGAACACACAUAUUCUCAGCUGGUUUCUUCACCUUCAAGCCUCUAAAGCAGCCAAGCCUCUGUAACCAAAAACCAAGCAUUCCAAACUCCAAUGAAUUCAGUUCUCAGAAAUCCUCAUUUCCAGGAAUUCCAGUUACACCCCCCUUUCCAGGUAAAACUACAAAGGCAGGGCAACUAACUGAUAAAAAAUUAUUAGGGCUUCCAGGACUCCCAGGACUCCCAGGACUUCCAGGACUGCCAGGACUGCCAGGACUACCAGGACUUCCAGGACUUCCAGGACUUCCAGGACUCCCAGGACUCCCAGGACUUCCAGGAAUUCCACAUACAAAGGCAGGGCAACUAACUGAUAAAAAAUUAUUAGGGCUUCCAGGACUCCCAGGACUUCCAGGACUCCCAGGACUGCCAGGACUCCCAGGACUUCCAGGACUCCCAGGACUCCCAGGACUCCCAGGACUUCCAGGACUUCCAGGAAUUCCACUUUCAACCCCCUUUACUGCUAAAAAUACAAAGGGAGGGCAAGUAACUGAUAAAAAAGUAGGACUUCCGGGACUCCCAGGACUUCCGGGACUUCCAGGACUCCCGGGACUCCCGGGACUUCCAGGACUUCCUGGACUUCCAGGACUUGGAAUUCCACUUUUACCCCCUUCUUCUGGUAAAACUACAAAGGCAGGGCAACGAACUGAUAAAAAAGUAGCUCACCCAGAUACUUCCUUCACAACACCACAAAUUCCAAAAACAAGUUCACCACCAACAUCUCGCAUCCCUGGAAUCCCACGUGCUUCUUCAAAGCAAACUACUUCUCCUUGAUAUUAAACUGAAAUGAUUAACUAAAUAAAUCAUGUUAAGUUUGUAUGGGGUAUGCAAUUAUCAGAAGCAUAUAUGUAGUAGGGCUUGUAAGUUUAUACUUUGUAAGGAGUAUGUAAGUUACUUUUUUUUUUUUGGGUAAGAUGUAAGUUACUUAUUGUACUUGGAAUAAAGCUAUGGUUUUCUCAUCA